CUUUAUGCAAGUCCCAGUCGCAACCACAACUGGUGCACAUCAACCAUUGCCCUGCAAAUGGAAUUUGCUACAUGAGAAUGUACAGUUAUGCCGCUUGUGCUGGUAGCAACUUGGGUCUUCAACUUGGUUGUCUUGCUCUUACAUUUCGGGCUAGCAAACAGUAGUUGGAAUCAAAUGUGUUCCAAAUCCUUCAAGAAGCGGUACCUUUCCGACAUGGGACUACCACUGAUGCCAAGAGGUGAUUAGUGCAGAGCGAAUGCAUUCUAAGCAACGCAAAAUGUGUAGCUAUUGUCAUCCCUGCAUCCUUCACUAGCGUGCUCUUCCUCUAACUAGCUAUCUAUCUCUGCAUAUUGGGCUGCAUCAUCGAAUCAAAAGCACCAAAUGCAAACUGUAGCUGUUGUUAUUAACAACUGUUCUUCUGAACUCUGAUAUCAUGUAGCUUAGAACUCAUCAGCAAACGAUUCAU